AUGACAACCAAAUCGGACCAAGUUAUCACCUUAUCACAAGUAAAUUCAUUAAUCGAUAACACCCAUAACUCAAACAGUGACAGUUCAAACGACAAGAAAUCUACAAUUUGGAAAGAGUUUGGUAACUUCCUUGACAAAAAAGUAGACAUUAUCAGACCGGCAGAAACAUCGCUGGAAGAAAACUAUUUCAUUAAGAACGCAUUCCCUGGUAGAUCAUACUUGUCUCAAUCUAUUGCAUACAAAAUCUGCAAUUCUUGUCAACGUCCAAUUGGAUUACCGAGCUUGAACCUGCAUUAUCAAAAGUGCGUCGAAAUGAAACAAAAGAGGCAACAAGAACUGGCUGAAUUGGCUGCUAAUAAUAAUAACCAUAGCAACGGGAACGCUGCGUAUGGAGUUAACAGACGCAAAAGAAAGAAUGGAGUACUAAGUGAAGUGGAAUAUUCAUCUUCGGUGGAUAGCACAAGAAAUAACACACCAGUGCCUAAUAGUGCAACCGAUAACCUAGACGCGGAUAUGAGUAGCAACAGCAACGGUACUUCUUCGAAACCAAAGAAAAAGUAUAAGAAAUCGCAAGCACAAAAGGCAAAAGAAGCAGCUAAUGCUGCCGCUGCUGCUGCUGCUCAAUCUGGAGAUCCAAUUGAAAAGCCAGUCAAACGAAAGAAAAACACUGCAGCUGCAACUGGCUCCUCAGUUAAUAAGCAACAGCAACAACAAGAAGGAGGGACUCAGCUGGCAACACCGAUACCACCACCGUCGCAAUCUUCACAAUUGACACAGGGCCAAAGAGCCAAGCCUGUCGCCAAAGCAAAAGGUCCAGUUGAUGUAGACAAGCAGUGUGGUGUUGCAUUAGCCUCGGGUGGGUUAUGUGCUCGUUCAUUGACGUGUAAAACCCAUUCUAUGGGUGCAAAACGUGCUGUUCCUGGAAGGACUAUGCCUUAUGAUGUUUUGUUGCAACAAUAUCAAAAGCGAAACCAAGCUAAGAUUGCUCAAAAUCAUGCUCUUGCCGCGCAACGAAGAGAGGCGGCUGCGUUUCAUGGCGAAGGUGCUGAUCUGAUGUUGAACAAGGCGAAUAAAGUGUUGGACCCCGAUGAAGAGACGCAUUUGGUGUUGGAAGGUUUGUCAAAGAAUAAUCCUAUUCCUUUGGAAAGAAAGAUUAUGAUGCCAGUGCGUUAUCGUCACCGGUUCUUGCAGGCAAGAGAAUUUUAUGCAAAUGCAUUCAUUAUAUCGGCGCAACACUCGCAGCAACAACAGCAACAACAACAGCAACAGCAGCAACAGCAGCAACAGCAACAGCAAGGAGCAGUUGGAGGCGAACAGACUUUGGCCAAUCAGGCAAUUUCUGGCUCUAUUGGUGGAUUACAAGGACGAUGCGCUUUGAUUAACGUAGAUGCGCCGCCAAAUCAGCAACUGGACUCGCAAACACAACUGUUUAGUGCCAUUCCAGGUGAGAUGUACCAAGUUAGAGCGCCUUCGAAAGCGAUACUAAUGACGGCACAGCACAACAAUUUACAACAGCAAGCGUUCCAGCAGCAGUUUCUCAAGUAUCAGCAACAACAGCAAGCACAGCAACAGAUGUUGAUGAAGCAAAGGCAUCAACAGUUGCAGAUGCAGAGACAACAGCAGCAGCAGUCACAACUGCAACUGCAACAACUGUAG